CCCGCUCUGCAGGCACCCUUGUUUCUUGACGUUUCUGACUUUCUUUCGUUUUGUUCAAGCUUCUUCGUUCUAUCUUGUCUACAAACUACUUUGAGCCGUCAGAAUGUCCAAGCAGGAUGAUCUGGCCUAUGGUGGUUACUACCAGGGCACGGAACGUGGGUCCGGAGACGGUUCCCGUGGUCUAGGCGAUACCUUCAAGAAGCUCCGCGACACCUACAAGACCCAUGGAUCCUCACAGGGCCAGGUUAACCAGACAUACAACCCAAGUGGUUAUCAAGGCCAGAGUUACCCAACCCAGACCGAACCGCAAUACGGACACGAUCAACAGAGCCAAAACACAAGUGGACAGCAUCAAAACCCUAAUUAUCACGGGAAACCUCAGAAGGAAGACAAACUCUCCGGUUUCUUGGGGAAACUUCAAGGUACUGUGACCGAGUUUGGUUCCGAAUUUGCGCAAAAGAUUGGUACCACCAUCGACCCACAGGCGUAUGCCGAGUAUGGUCCCACCAAGCCCAAUACGGAACAUCGGUUUGGUAGCUUCGCUCCUCCCCGAGAACAUAACGAUGCCAAAUGGUAUGUGGAUGGAUGCAGCUAUUUCUGGGCUGUGUCGCGAGCUUUGGAAAAUGCCCGAGAAUCGAUUUGGAUUCUGGACUGGUGGUUAUCUCCCGAACUUUAUUUGAGAAGGCCACCGGCGAAGAAUGAACAGUACCGAUUGGAUCGCAUGCUGCAGGCUGCAGCCCAGCGGGGCGUACGCGUCAAUGUCAUCGUCUAUAAGGAGGUUACGCAGGCUCUCACGCUGUCUUCUUCUCACACAAAACAUGCGCUAGAAAAUUUGCACCCCAAUAUCGCUGUCUUCCGUCACCCUGACCACCUGCCUGACCGCCAAGAGCUGGCAGCUUCCAUCACAUCGUCCUUCCAGAACAUGUCACUCGACUCAGCAAGUUUGAGUAAGAUGUCAAAGGACACACUGAAGGGACUGUACGGAAUGAACGAUGAUGUCAUUCUGUAUUGGGCUCAUCAUGAGAAGCUUUGCUUGAUCGAUGGUCGGGUUGCAUUCAUGGGUGGUUUGGACAUGUGCUUCGGCCGCUGGGAUACAAACCAACAUGAGCUCUCGGAUUUACAUCCCUCGGAUGUCAGUCAAACCGUGUUCCCUGGCCAGGACUACAACAAUUCUCGCGUCCUUGAUUUCCAAGACGUCGUUCACUGGGAGAAUAACCAGCUGGAUAGGAAGACUAUGUCUCGGAUGGGAUGGUCUGAUAUAUCCGUGAGCCUGCACGGUGCAGCCGUGGAAGAUUUGCGGCGUCACUUUGUGGAGCGAUGGAACUUCAUCUAUGAUUUGAAAUACAAGGUACGCAGUGAUUCUAGAUACGCGAGACUGGCACUCCAUGGAAGGCCCGUUUCCUCGACUGGCCAACAACAGGCUGCUUCUCCUCAGCCCAACCUGUAUCCCUCAGGACAGGCAAGCCCACAGGGUCAGCCGCCUGCGCCAUCCUGGCAGCAGAAGCCUAGUGGAGUCACAUCAUCGCCUACCUACCCACCGCCACCAGGUCAGACGUCGUCGAGUUCGCAUCAAGAGUCGCAGUGGCAGCCGCAGUCCCAGCCUCAGCACCAACAAGCUGCCGGGGAAUAUCAGCCCUACAACAGUGCUUCCACUUCAAGUUAUCCGCCACCGCCGACUCAGACUUCCUCCUCAAAUCAGCACCAAUAUCAGCAGCAGAACACGUCUACCUCGUACCACCCUGAGAAUGCUCCAACCUACCCCCCACCGCCAAGCCAAAGCCCUCUAGGCCAUCAAUCUCAAUUCGCUCAGUCCCCGAGCUAUGAUACAAGCCAGUAUAGCUACACUGGGAACUCAUUCCCCCCUCCUCCGCCUGGACCCCCUCCAGUGCAAUCCAGUGCCAACACCUCAUAUCAGCCAUAUCAACAGGGCCAGCAACAGGAGCAGAAGCCCUAUUUCCCACCCCCACCAGGCCAGGAAGCAUCCAACUCCAACACCCGUGGAAUUGAUGACUACCAGCAUGAAGGCGAUCGCGAACGAGGUUCUUUGGCGCCCCGUCGCUUCCGAGAGGACCUGACCCAAUAUGGCAGCUCCCUUCGUGGUCAGCUCGCCGGACAAAUUCACCAAUACCAGGAUCGACUGACCACAUAUGGCCGCCCUUCCUCCUCUCAAGGCAGAGGGAAUAUGUCAUGCCAGAUUGUGCGCAGCUGUGCGAAAUGGAGCAACGGCAGCCAGCUUGAGCAUUCAAUUGCCGACGCAUAUUGUGCCAUCAUCAGAAACAGUGAGCACUUUGUCUACAUCGAAAACCAGUUCUUUAUCACCGCCACCGGUGAUUCGCAGCGUCCAGUGAAAAACCAGAUUGGUGCCGCGAUUGUGGAGAGGAUUUUACGUGCUGCCCGUGCCGGUCAGAAAUAUAAGAUCAUUGUGGUCAUUCCAUCCGUUCCGUGCUUUGCCGGUGAUUUGCGAGAUGAUGAGACUCUUGGAACACGCGCGAUUAUGGAGUUCCAGUACAACUCCAUUAACCGCGGAGGUCACAGUAUCAUGGAGAUGAUUGCCAAGGAAGGAUUUAAUCCCAUGGAGUACAUCCGUUUCUACAACCUUCGCAAUUACGAUCGGAUUAACAACGGUAGUAUGAUGGCCGCAGCUGAGCAGCAGAGUGGUGUCAACUACGAGGAUGCCCGCAGACAGUACGAUUUGAACACUGCAGGCCCUGGUGGAUAUGCUCCUAGCACUACUCGUAGUGCUUUUGAUACUAGUGCACCGUUCCAGAAGUAUCAACAGGCUGCACACCAGGUACAGGGCAGUCAUGCUUCCUCGAACCGGUGGGACAGUGUGAGCGAGUGUUAUAUGCUCAACGGAGAGGAUAUUCGCAAAGUGCCGUGGGAUGGCCACCCCGAUGCCGAAAUUGAUGCGUUUGUGAGCGAGGAGCUUUAUGUUCACUCGAAGGUGAUGAUAGCCGACGAUCGUGUAGUUGUUUGCGGCUCCGCAAACCUGAAUGACCGUUCCCAAUUGGGUGACCACGACUCAGAGAUCGCAGUCAUAAUCGAAGACUUCACGCCUGUGGCAUCCACUAUGAAUGGUAAGCCAUGGACUGCCAGUCGUUUUGCUUCAUCUCUCCGUCGCCAGUUGUUCCGGAAGCACCUGGGUCUUUUGCCACCGCAAGACUAUCAACAACCGGAUGCGAACUAUGAACCCGUGGGAGUUCCCAACCAAUUCGACUUUGACUGCCCUGAGAGCAAGGUGGUUGCUGAUCCGCUUUCCGACACCGCCCAGAGUCUUUGGAACUCGCGGGCACACACAAACAGCGAGGUCUUCCGGAAGGUAUUCCACGCGGUUCCGGACGACUCAGUCCGCAACUGGGCCGAGUACAAAGAGUUCUAUGAGUACUAUUUCCACAAGACCGAGAGGAGCGCCGCUGAGGGCAUGGAAGGAACUGCUCGUCCGGCGCGAUUCCAAUGGGGCCACGUUGUGCGCGAUGACUUUGCGCCUGGUGCAGAGGGGGCGAAACAGGUCAAAGAGCUGCUUAGCCAAGUUAAGGGUACUCUGGUUGAGAUGCCUUUGAUGUUCUUGAUCGAGGAAGAUAUCGCCAAGGAAGGAUUGACUCUGAAUGACUUGACCGAGCCACUCUAUACCUAAGGGGAGAUUGCAUUUGCCAAGUUGGGACUAUUAUCAUUGGUCAUCUCGUUUAUUCUUGAUUUCGAGCAUUUCCAUUAGCUAAAUUGCUGUACCUAAGCGAAGUUUAACUUCUCUAUUCUUUUGGU